UUUCCCUGACACUCCUAAGAAUUGCAGAGGAGUUAGGCCCAGGCCAGCUCUCCUUAUUUUUCCUUUGCUGUAUUGAGAUCUUCCAUCUUCCGGCACCGCCUACCCUCUGCAACUGACUUCUCUCUCCACCCUCCCGUUCCCUAGGCUAACAGGCCCAGAGGGACUGAUGGGGAGGGAGGCUGAGUGGCUGUACUGUGGGCAUGCCUGCUCCUUUCCCUCCCCCCUUCCCUUAGCAGCAACGUCACCCGCAGCACCAGUACCAGCAGCCGCGACAGCAGCAAGGAGACGGGCUGGGAUUGCGCAGCCUCCCUGCAUUAGCUAGGAUGCCAUUGUAUUAGCAGAAAUCAGAUCUUAGGAAAUCAUCCCAGCUCUCCUCCACCCCACCCCACCCCUCUGUGAUCCUGUGAACAAUGCCUCAGCUGGAGCUGUCCAGGUAGACCUCGGUGAGAGUGCAAAAGGACAGGAGCCUCUUGGUCCAGCUCAAGGCUCUUUACAGAGGUGCCAAGCUCUCCUGAUGAAAUGUGUUCUGCCCCACUGGGCUCCAGGGGCAGUGUCUGGUGCUGUUGAUGCCCUUGUUCGAACUUUCCAGAAUGGAUAGUCCCCCAAAGCUGACUGGAGAGACCCUCAUCGUGCACCAUAUUCCCCUAGUGCACUGUCAAGUUCCAGACAGGCAGUGCUGUGGAGGGGCAAGUGGAAAUAGUGGAAGCACAAGACCUAAUCCUUUCUGCCCACCCGAGCUGGGCAUCACCCAGCCUGACCAAGACUUGGGACAAGCUGACUCCCUUCUAUACAACAACCUGCAGUCUACUCCAGGGGCAUCUACACGGUCAGCAGAUAGCACCAAAAGUAGAGGACGGGAUGGAAGAGGCUCUGGGGUCCCCAAACGACACAAUCCCUUCUUGCUGCAGGAGGGUGUGAGUGAGCCGGGACUUGGGGACCUGUAUGAUGACAGCAUUGGUGACAGUGCCACCCAGCAGUCCUUCCACCUGCACAGCACCAGCCAGCCCACCUUCCAUCUAUCUUCUUUCCAAUUACCACCCUCUGGCCCUGGAGGGGGCAGGCCAUGGGGAACAACACGCAGUCGGGCUGGAGUGGUGGAGGGACAAGAACAGGAGCCAGUGACCACCUUGGGUACUCAGCAGUGCAGCACUAGCCACUGCUGCCGGCCAGAGCUCGAAACAGAGACCAUGGAGCUGGAUGAGUGUGGGGGACAUGGUGGAAGUGGCAGUGGAGAGGGAGCCAGUGACACCUCUGGCUUUUCCUUUGACCAGGAAUGGAAACUUAGUUCAGAUGAAUCCCCAAGGAACCCUGGACGCUCUGGCUCAGGAGCUCAGCACUGCCGCUGCAGUAGCACAUCCAGUCAGUCUGAGGCAGCUGACCAGUCCAUGGGCUAUGUCAGUGACUCCUCCUGCAACAGUUCAGAUGGUGUGCUGGUCACCUUCAGCGCCCUCUACAAUAAGAUGCAUGGCAACUCCCGUGCCAAUCUCAACUCAGCCCCACAGUCCUGCAGCGACUCUUCCUUUUGCAGCCACUCAGACCCUGGCGCCUUCUACCUGGACCUGCAUCCCUCCCCAGCUGAGUCUAAGAUGUCUUGUGAGUCCCACCACCCUGAAAGUGGAGGAAGGGAAGUGGGCUGUGGUUGUCCUCACACCUCAUCUCCUGAGCUUGAUGCCAACUGUAACUCCUACCGCCCACACUGUGAGCCCUGCCCAGCGGUGGCUGACCUCACAGCCUGCUUCCAGAGCCAGGCCCGUCUUGUUGUGGCCACACAAAAUUACUAUAAACUCGUCACCUGUGACCUGUCCUCCCAAUCAUCCCCAAGCCCAGCUGGCUCUUCUAUUACUAGCUGCUCUGAGGAACACACCAAGAUAAGUCCCCCACCAGGCCCUGGCCCAGACCCAGGCCCCAGCCAGCCUUCUGAGUAUUACCUCUUCCAGAAGCCAGAAGCUCAGCCAGAGGAACAAGAGACAGUGGGCUCCUCCACAGAAGCAGUAGCUGCCAUGGGCCCCACUGUGCUCGAGGGGCAAGUGUACACCAAUACUUCACCCCCCAACCUCAGCACUGGACGUCAGCGCUCUCGAAGCUACGACCGCAGUCUUGAGCGCAGCCCUCCUGUCCGCCUGGGCUCACUGGAACGCAUGUUGAGUUGCCCAGUACGUUUGAGUGAGGGAUCUGCAGCCCUGGCUGGGUCCAGCUCCCCACCCAAGAGGGUCACCUCCUUUGCUGAGCUAGCCAAGGGCCGGAAGAAAACUGCAAGCUCUGGGUCCCCACCACUUCGGGUGAGCGUUGGGGACUCCUCCCAGGAGUUCUCACCCAUCCAAGAAGCCCAGCAAGAUAAGGUGGACCCACUGGAUGAGGGCUCUCGCUGUAGCCAUAGCCUUCCACCCAUGCCCUUGGGGCCAGGCCUAGACCUACUUGGCCCAGAGCCCUGGUCCACUCAGGUCUGUCAGGGCCCCCAGUCCAGUGAGACUCCACCAGCUGGCCUCAGAGCUACUGGGCAGGUUCCCCUGGCCCCACUGAUGGAUCCAGGGUCUGCUCUCCCUGGAAGCCCUGCCAACAGCCAUACCCAGAGGGAUGCAAGAGUUAGAGCUGACGGGGGUGGUGCUGAGAGCCGACCAGUCCUUCGCUACAGCAAGGAGCAGAGGCCAACCACGCUGCCUAUUCAGCCCUUCGUGUUCCAGCACCACUUCCCCAAGCAGCUGGCCAAGGCCCGGGCUCUCCACAGCCUUUCCCAGCUCUACAGCCUCUCUGGCUGCAGCCGUGCACAGCAGCCUGCCCCACUGGCUGUCCCCACUGCUCCAGGCCCAGCCCCAGCUCCCUCAGGGGAGCCACAGGUGUCCACACCCCGAAACACUGGCAGAGGUGCCAGGAAAGCUGGGCCUGAGCCAGAGACCUUACGGCCAUCACCCCUGGGCAGCUACUCCCCCAUCCGGAGUGCUGGCCCCUUUGGGCCCAGCACUGACUCUUCUGCCUCUACUUCAUGCUCCCCUCCUCCAGAGCAGGCCACAGCCACAGAAAGCCUGCCCCCAUGGAACCACUCCUGUCUUCCUACCGUCCGGCCUGCCACCUCCCAGCAGCCACAGAAGGAGGAUCAGAAGAUACUGACCUUGGCUGAAUACCGACUCCAUGGAACAGGAAGCUUGCCACCUCUGGGCUCCUGGAGAUCUGGCUUCAGCCGGGCAGAAAGCCUGACCCGAGGAGGUGGUGAGGGCAGCAUGGCCUCCAGACCCAGUAAUGCCAACCACCUAUCCCCUCAAGCCCUCAAGUGGCGGGAAUACAGGCGGAAGAACCCACUAGGGCCACCUGGUUUGUCAGGGAGCCUAGACCGAAGGCCACAGGAAGCUCGGCUGGCCCGCAGGAACCCCAUCUUUGAGUUCCCUGGUUCCUUCAGUGCUGCUAGCCAUCUGAAUUGUCGACUAAAUGGUCAGGUAGUGAAGCCGUUAACACUGACCUGCCCUGACUUGCAAGACCCCUUCUCCUUGACUGAGAAGCCUCCAGCUGAGUUUUGUCUGUCCCCAGAUGGCAACUCAGAAGCCAUUUCUAUCGACCUCCUUCAGAAGAAAGGACUGGUAAAAGCUGUUAACACAGCUGUGGACCUCAUUGUGGCCCAUUUUGGCACAAGCCGGGAUCCUGGGGUAAAGGCAAAGCUGGGAAAUAGUUCAGUGAGCCCCAAUGUAGGCCAUCUGGUUCUGAAGUACUUGUGCCCUGCGGUCCGGGCUAUUCUAGAAGAUGGGCUCAAGUCCUUUGUAUUAGAUGUCAUCAUCGGGCAGCGUAAGAACAUGCCAUGGAGUGUAGUUGAGGCUUCUACACAGCUAGGCCCAUCCACCAAGGUCCUGCAUGGCCUCUACAACAAAGUCAGCCAGUUCCCAGAGCUCACCAGUCAUACAAUGCGCUUCAAUGCCUUCAUUCUUGGCCUGCUCAACAUCCGGUCCCUGGAGUUCUGGUUUAAUCACCUCUAUAACCAUGAAGAUAUCAUCCAGACCCACUACCAUCCCUGGGGCUUUCUGAGUGCAGCUCACACCGUGUGCCCUGGCCUCUUUGAGGAGCUGCUGCUACUGCUACAGCCCCUGGCCCUGCUGCCCUUCAACCUCGACUUGCUUUUCCAACAUCGGCUGCUGCAAAGUGGGCAACAGCAGCGGCAGCACAAGGAACUGCUGCGGGUGUCCCAGGAUCUGCUACUAUCUGCCCACUCAACGCUGCAGUUGGCCCGGGCCCGUGGCCAGGAGGGCCCUGGAGACAUGGACAGGGUAGCCCAUGGGGAGCGAGUGAAGGGUGUAGGUGCUCCAGAAGGAGGAGAAGAGGACGAGGAAGAGGAAACAGAAGAGGUGGCAGAGACAUCUGGGGGCUCAGGCCAUGGCAGGUGGGCCCGAGGUGGACAGGCUGGCUGGUGGUACCAGCUCAUGCAAAGCUCCCAGGUCUACAUUGAUGGCUCCACUGAGGCUUCUAGGUUCCCUCGAGGUAGCAGCAAUAGCAACAGUGGCAGCAGCAGUGAAAAAAAGAAAGGGGCAGGAAGUGGGGGGCCUCCCCACGCUCCACCCCCCCGAGAGGGAGUAGUGGAAGGGGCUGAGGCCUGCCCUGCCCCUGAGGAGGCCCUUGGCCGGGAGAGGGGCUGGCCCUUCUGGAUGGGAAGCCCCCCAGAUUCUGUGCUCGCUGAGCUGAGACGCAGUCGGGAGAGGGAGGGGCCCACUGCCCCACCAGCAGAAAAUGAGGAAGGGACCUCAGAGCCUUCUCCUGGGGGCAUCAAGUGGGGACAUCUCUUUGGUUCCCGAAAAGUUCAGCGGGAAGCCCGGCCCACAAACAGGCUGCCCUCGGACUGGCUGAGCCUGGACAAGUCCAUGUUCCAACGAGUGGCACAGACUAUGGGUGCCCGCCGCGAGACAGAGCCCAAGGAAAGCCUGCAGGAGCCACACUCUCCAGCCCUGCCCUCCAAGCCCCCCUGCGAGGUGCAGGCUCUGUGCCACCAUCUGGCCACAGGCCCAGGACAGCUGAGCUUCCGCAAGGGAGAUAUCCUGCGGGUGCUGGGGCCAGCUGGAGGAGACUGGCUGCGCUGCAGCCGUGGCCCUGACACUGGCCUGGUGCCUCUGGCCUACGUGACGUUGACCCCAACUCCAAGUCCAACCCCUGGAAGCAGCCAAAACUGAGGCCCUGUGCAUGCUGGUGGCCUCAGGGACCCUCAUAUCAAUCCCAGACUCAGAGCCCAAGAGCCCUGCCCAAGCCCUCUGACUUGGCUACAGAAAGUAGACUGAGAGCUGGGGGCCACAUAUCCCUGUGCUGGCACCUGCUCCCUGUGCUCAGUAUUAAUUACUCCCCUUUAACUGUCCCAGUGACCUCGCCCACACCUCUACCCAGGAAAGGAGGGAAGGGGUGCAGCACUGGGCUGCCAGGAUUCCCCUGGCCCAUCUGGGCCAACCCUUCUGGGGGUCUACAUAGACAAAGCAAGUACCUGUGGCAGGAGAUGACCUAGAAGGCCAUCUGUAGGGUUCCCUAGGCAAGGUGGUAAUAAGAAUAUGUAACAGUAUUGGGGCCAGAUCCCUAAGCCCCCUCAAGCUGUAAAUAGGCUGUGACCAGUGCCUGGUCGUCAGAAGAGGGAGGAAGAGCCCAAGCUUCUGUUUAUGUAUUUAUUUAUUUAUUUAUUACACCUAUUAAUAAAAAAGGUGCUCAGCCUCCAAACCA